GGUCCUCUUCUGCUGGCGACUCCUGGGCAGGAGACAUGGCUCUGUUCAGCUGGGGGCUGAGAAGACAGAACUUCCACCCGCUGAGGAGGAGGAGGAGGAGAGCGUUGCUGCUGCUGAAACUCACGGUUGUUGUCAUCUCCGUGCUCCUGUUUUGUGAAUAUUUCAUCUAUUACCUGGUCAUCUUUCAGUGCCGCUGGCCUGAGGUGAAGACCCCAGCCCAUGGUGGCAGGCAGGAGCCUGUGCUGAAAGCCAUGUUUCUGGCUGAUACCCAUUUACUUGGAGAGAUAAGAGGCCACUGGCUGGACAAAUUACGGAGGGAGUGGCAAAUGGAGAGAGCCUUUCAGACAGCUCUGUGGUUGCUGCAACCGGAAGUCGUCUUCAUUUUGGGAGACAUCUUUGAUGAAGGGAAGUGGAGCUCUGCCCAGGCCUGGGCAGACGAUGUGCAGAGGUUCCAGAAAAUGUUCAGGCACGACAGCCAUGUGCAGCUGAAGGUGGUCAUUGGCAACCACGACGUUGGCUUCCAUUAUCAGAUGAGUACAUACAGAAUAAAGCGGUUUGAGAAAGUGUUCAGCUCUGAAAGGCUGUUCUCUCGGAAAGGAGUUAAUUUUGUGAUGGUCAACAGCGUCGCAAUGGAAGGGGAUGGUUGUAGCAUAUGCUCGGAAGCGGAGGCUGAACUCAGAGACAUCUCUCGUAAACUGAAUUGCUCCCGAGAGCAGGUGCAGGGAUCAAGCCAGUGUGAGGGCAAGCAGCAGCUUCCCUCAUCCGCCCCAGUGUUGCUGCAGCACUACCCGCUCUAUCGGGCCAGUGAUGCUAAUUGUUCUGGUGAAGAUGCGGCUCCUCCAGAGGAAAGAAGCGUCCCCUUUAAGGAGAAAUAUGAUGUUCUUUCUCGGGAGGCCUCGCAAAAGCUGCUGUGGUGGCUCCGGCCUCGGCUGGUUCUGAGUGGCCACACGCACAGCGCCUGCGAGGUGCUCCAUCCCGGGGGAGCCCCUGAGGUGAGCGUCCCAUCCUUCAGUUGGAGGAACAGAAACAACCCCAGCUUCAUAAUGGGCAGCCUGACAUCCAGAGACUACGCUCUUUCCAAGUGCUACCUCCCUUUUGAGGACACGGUACUGACCACAUACGGUGCAGCAGCUGGCUUCCUCGUAGUCCUCAUCUUAGCUCACUUUGAGCGUUUGCUCUCAUCUUUUCUGUUUGGUUGGAAACUGUGCAGGAUGCACACGAGAAGAUGAAGAGCCAGUGAUUGUUGCAUAUGGUACCAUAAAUCAAAGCCAAAGACAUAGGACUUCCAGCAGGGCUCGUGUAAGUCACGGAGGAGAGGAAAUGCUGGUUGUCCUUGUGCACAUCAUGGGAAUUCUGAAUCAUCACCAGUGACUACAGAAUAAACAGU